AUGCUGUCCAAGCCUGUCCUCCCUGUUCUCGGUGCCCUCAUCGGCACUGUAGUCGCCAAUCCUAUCCAGCGCGCCGUCGCCGAGGCUGCUGCCGAUACGCCCCAGGUCGUCUUUUCCCCUGCGGCGCCCAAUGCCGGCAACGGCAACAAGAUUGUCACUGACCAUGACGACCUAACUCUCCUCCAACAAGACAACUUUUACUGGACUCACGAGGGUGAGGGGCUUCUCGCCAACAUGACCGUCACUGCCAAGCCCGCCUACCGUCUGCUCAACGAGCACAACUUUGCAGACCUGGUCCGCUCUGUUGACUGCUCCAACGCCGAGCACAUUAUCAAAAUUGAGUUUGACAGCGCCUCUACCGUCGCCAAAGCCAAACAGGCUUGGAGCUGGGUCAGCGAGAGCGACGCCAACACGCUCAUCUAUGUCGUCGACGCCCCCGGCUGCGGCGGCGAGUACGGCCGCCAGCCCUACCACGUCGGCGCCGUGACCUACGACGACGGCGCUGAUGCUGAUGCUGCCGUCGUCAGUCUGGCUGUCCAGGCCGCUGGCCAGUGGAGCGACUUCAUCGAGGAUGCCACUGUCCACAUUGGCGGCGACGUCGAGGCGCAGAAGCUCAACCGCCGCGCGAGCUACUCCAAAAAGGCCAAGAUAAGCCUCGAGCGCGUCUUCAACAAGCACUUUUACGACGCGACUAUUGGCCCUGCUCAUCUUUCCGUCGACUGCUCCGACUGCGGCACCCACGGCAGCCUCGAGACAGACAUUACCGUCUCCACCAAGCACGGCUUCAGUGCCUCUGCCGUCACCGCUGAUAAUGUCAGCGUGCGUCUGGCUGUGGCCGUGACCGCUUCUGCUGCCAUUAGCACCUCUCACCUGUCCCAGAGCAUCGAGAUUGUCAAGUUCCCCCUCGCGGUGUUCAAGGUGGCCGACAUUGUCAAAAUCACCCCCGAAAUCACCCUCGACAUUGUCAUUGCCGUCUCUGACAUCACGGGCAGCAUCACCAGCGUCGUCGGCGCCGAGCUCGACUUUGCCAACGGCCAGUCCAUUGCCAUUGGCAAGGGCUCCACGGGCCUCGAUGCCCAGUUCAAGCGCAUCGGACCUACCUUUUCCGGCAAGGUCGACGCCACCGCCCGCAUCAACCCUCUUCUCACGCUGGACCUCUCCGGCAAGAUUCUCGGCAAGCACGUCACCGGUGGUCUGGGUCUUGCUGCCCCUUACCUUGCCUUUGCCGUCGGCGCUGAUGUCCACGAGCCCAGCGCCUGCUCCAACACCAACUCUGUCCAUUUCUCCCUGGAUGUCGGUGUUGAGCUCGCUUCGUUCUACGGCUUUGGCAAGCCUGGCGAUGAACCCCACAAGAAGGUCAUCUACCAGAAAGAUCACCCUCUUCUGAAGGAGUGUAUCGCUCUGUAA